UUCUUUUUUGGUGGAUACUCGAAUUAAACUCAAAGCACAGCUAGCAUACAACUAAGAAGUUGAACAAGAGUAUAUCGUGGAAAUGAAGAACCAGCUGCUCUGUUCCAGCACAGAUGAAUCAACUACAGACGAGAAUGAUGAAGAGUACUGGCCAAGAUCAGUAGCUGCUAAUAAUAAUUGUUGGUGGAGAUCAUGGGGUGCAAAGUUUGAUGUUAAGAUGAUGAAGGUUGAUCCAAGGAUGAGAGUGGUGAGAGAGUUGGAGAGACUGGCUUUGGUGGCAACGCACAGUCAUCACGAAGGGCUGAAUGAGCUCCGGCACAAGCUGCACAUGUAUCGAUCAGGUGAUUUCUGGAUGCCUAUAGGAGGUAUCAUUAAGGAAAACAUGGACAUCCCACCGCUGGCCACAAUUCUCUUGGUUGGCUUCUCUGCUUCUGGCAAGACCUCCCUCGUCAACCUUAUGUACUCUGUUUUGGGUCGCUCCGGACUCGUACCCUUUGCUCAAACAUCACCGCCGGAGACAGGAAGUUAUUCUUCAAACCAUAGUAGUAAAUCUAGAGCUAGCAUGGUUUUGAAAGAGCACAAUGUGCUAAGGUCUUCGCGAAGUGGGUUCUGUGUGUUUGACUCGAGGGGAUUCGAGUACGACCAAAUGGGUGAGGGUGUUGAAGAACAAGUGUCAAAUUGGAUGAAUGACGGGGUUCGCCAUAACCAAGUGUGCUUAAGACCAGGCGACGAUGCUGCGUUAAUGGAACAUGAAGAAUAUUCGGCUUCAAAGUUUGUGAGGAGGAGAGUGAAUUGUGCAAUGGUGGUGGCUAACAUGGCAGAAAUCUACAAGGCAUUGAAGGCUGGUGAUUCUAAGCCAAUGGAGGCCACGAGGCAGCUUUUCUGCUCUGUCAACGCUUUCACAAAUUGUAAUGAUGAUGAGAGGCCUAUCUUGAUCUUGACACAUGGCGACAUGUUAUCAACUGAGGAGAGGAUUGAAGGGCGGCUCAAAAUCUGUGAAAGUGUGGGUGUAUCGGAGACCAGUGGAGUAUAUGACAUCGUGUGCCUUACCGAGUACGGAUUUCUGGCAGAAGAAUCAGACCCAGUUUCAGCCUAUGCCGUCACUGAAGCAGUGUAUAGGGCAUUGCUGAUAUCGGACAGAACCCACUCACCCAAGAAAAGCCUUGAGGACUGGGCAUUGCUUGUAUUAUCCUGGAUCAUGUACUUGCUUGGCUCUCUAUUUGCUCUGCUUGCUCAGAUUUGCCUCAAACUCGGUCGACACACCAAGGAUAUAUAUUAAACUAGUACUAACCCGCUCAGCUCUACUAGGCUUACCAUUCAUUUCUUUUGAUGUAGUGUUCAUUAAUUACACGUGUUUUACUAACAAAUACAAUAUGUAUGUUUAAGGAGCUCUGAUCUGACUAUGUGUAAUAUAAAUAAAUAUUUGAACAUGGUUAUUCCAUAUAAUCGAGGAGGAGUUUACUU